UUAGAUUUUCAAAGAGUACUACGAUGUGCUUCUUGAUGCUAAGAAAGUUUACGCGCUUGGCGAUUUAUCAUCUGAAGCCGUUGUGGAUUAUAUCACAAACAUGGGAAGGAUCACUGCGGCAUUGCGCGAUUUUAUUUUCGUACAUCGGGUCCAAAUCCUGAAUUACCACGACUGUGAUGUAGACCUCAAAAACUUCGAAAGUUUGUACAGGGAAGGUGGCGCGGAUAACCUUGAAAUCCAUGAACUAAUGAAACUGAGGAAGUUGAUGCUUAGCGACAUACUUGAUUACGUGAGUAUUCACGUAGAUUUCCUUUAA